GAAAGACAUCAUGUUUGCGAUUCGCAAGCAGUCGGCACCUGUAACUUGAAUUCUCUUCGACCAAGUACUGUACGCGCGCUCAAGUGAUGAAUCGAUGAGGCCCAAAACGUACGCGGCGUACUUACCUCAUCGUACCCCUUCGACCUCAGUCAUUCCUUCCAACAUGCCAGCUCACAGAGCCCUCGUCAUCUCCGACAUACUCUUCGCCAUCAGCGAGGCUCUGCGAUCGGAUGGUCCUGAUAGGAAACAAAUGCGACAAGGGCGAGUGGCACUAGCACAGGUGGCUCGUGUAUGCAGGGCAUUUGCGGAGCCUGCGACAUCCGCUCUCUGGAGCCACAUCGACAACAUCGGACCUUUGUUGGCGUUGUUUUCGUGCUCUCGGAAGCUGUGCUGCCCCCCGCGUCAGCCUGGCCUAGCCAGCAACGACGGCUCGGAUUGCACUGGUGCUAGGCUCAUGCCCGAGGAUUGGGACGACGAAUAUGUAGCACACGCUGCCCAACCCUUGCCACGAUUUCUAUGGGUCAUCUCCGGCGAGAUCACCGAUGAAGAAUGGUCCCGUUUUCAGCACCUUCUAGCAUAUAUCCGCAGGUGCUACGAUGAUGAUCGGUCCGCCUCUGGCAUUUGUGUCCAUCCCACAGCGCUCACACAAUUCCACCGUCGCAACGAAGGCAGGCCUCUCCUCCCGAAUGUCGUAGAGUUCUGCUGGAAGCAAUGGUCCCUGAAUGACACCAGCCUUCUCACUCUCCUCCCCCCUUCACUCCGAGUCCUCGACCUCAACUUCAGCUCCUUUUUGUGGUAUAACAAUACAUUCACGAACCCCGAUGUGCGCGCCAAGCAAGCGCAAACCCUGCAUAGGCUUCUCCAAGACAUCUGUAGCAGAGGAGAUAAUCUCGAGUCCAUCGUCUUGCGCGGUCACGUGGAACCACGGUUACUAGAUCCCUUGAACAACCUUCCGAACCUGCGACGAUUAGACAUGUCUCGAUGUCCCGGCCUCUCAGCCAGCAAUCGUAUUCUCUCUCAAACAUUCACCCAACUGCGCCGCCUACGGAGACUCCGCCAUCUGUCGAUCGAUGUACAGGGAGUGUAUGCCGAGGUCAUGCACAUGGGUUAUCUGGGCGACUUCCCACAACUACAGUCGCUUUAUCUAGAAGCAGACAUGUUAGGAGCCAUUCAGACGCUAACAGCCAUGAAUCUUCCCCAUGUCCAAGUUCUCACAAUCAGCCUGGGCGGACGGACCGAGUUUACCGUGGACCAACUCAGCGCGGAACUCUCUGCCCUACGGCUCCCCGAGCGACUGCCGCACUUGAGUUUCCUCACUGUGCGAGGUGUGCUCGUCCAGAACGAAGAAGAAGACUCCGUGGUUCAUGUACUGCGUCCGCUUUUUGGACUGCGGGAGCUCGAGAGCCUUGAAAUGACAAUGCAUUGCGUCCAGGGUCCACUGCUCGGUUUAGCCGAUGAAGACGUUUGCAUUAUCGCGCAGAGUUGGCUAAGACUCGCCGAUUUCCUUGUUGACACUACACCGCUCUCAUACCAAUCGUAUAUGGGAUCCCAAAUUCCGCGUCCAUCGGUCACAGCGCUCGUCCAUUUCGCGAGACACUGUCCACAGCUGCAGAACCUCACUCUGCCUACGUUCAAGGGUGGCGUGCUACCCGUGCUGCCGACUAUCACUCCCCAUGGCCUACGGACGCUAUCUAUCACUCAGACACUCGAUGUCAUGGUGGAUGCCGAAGAAAAUCUUGCCCGCCAGCUCCAUACAGUAUUUCCCAAACUGCUGCCGGUCGCUAGUCCGGAGGCGUGCCUCAAGUGGCACAACAUCAUGGAGCGCCUGGACGAGAUUCGGCAAGGAUCAUGAAGUUUCAUUUCUUAUGCUGAA